AUGGCGGCCGCCGGUGCUAGCGAGACGUAUGACGUAGAUAUGGACGCUGCGGAACAGCCGGGGACCCCGGAAGGCAGCGAACAAGUCCCAGAACGCGAGAAACUCGGGUUUGCAGUUCUCGACUACGUCAACUCCAUCAGGUUCAAGCAUGGCAUACGCUCGGACGAUUACGGGCGCUACCACGCCUACUGCUCCAAGCGCCUGCGCAUACUGAGGCGGCAGGGCCGCAAAACGCUCAUCAAACCAAACAAAUACGUGAAGGAUGAGAUCGACGAGGAGAACGUGAAUGCGAGGUCCCUGGAGAUCCUCACGCUUACCGCGGAGCGCUGCUGGAGCCAUGCCAUGGAGCUGAAGUCACAAUGCGAGUCGUCGCAAACUUCAGGUCCUACGGAGCGACACCAUUAUGUGAAGCGGUUUGAGCGGGCGUUCAAAACUGCGUCGCGGCUGGAGGCGCUGUGCCACAAGUUCGGCGACAUGAACAGCAUCAACAAUGCUAGGGUGUACCGGAACUUCAUGGAGGGCAACGUGCACUUCGAACACAAGCGAUUUGCGGAUGCGUACGCCAGCCUAUCGUCUUACGCGAAUGUCAUGGAGCAGCGCAAAAGGUCGCACCAGGACGACCGCGUGCUUCAGGAGGCCUACGCCUCGCAGCUCAGCAACGUCAACGCUGUGAUCAAGCUUUGCUCGUUCCACAUGCGGGCUUCCGGAGUUACCUCGACGGCCAAGCAGCCUGCGCGUGAGGACGAUCCGAACGCCGAGCUCAUCUCCAUAGUUUCAGACGACUCCGGCAAUCUGGCGGUGUACUGCAGGGGCUCCCAUGUGAACGUAACGUCGCAGUUCCUGCUGCAGCAGUUGAUGGACGCGAUCAAUGCCACGCAGAAGCUGGUUGUGACGGAGGAGGUUCUCACACGACUGGUCAACGCAGGCGAUGUGGAUGCAGCUCUGAAAGCUGAACUCAUUGACGCCUUCGGCACUGAAGCGCUGCUAUCGUCGUACGAAGACAUCAUGAUGCCCAUAUCGGAGGUCAUUGACGCCAUACAUUCCGAAAUGAUGUCAUCUAUGGACAACCAGGAGGCGUUGCGGCAGGUGGAAGGUGAGUACCAGUCACAACUCCCCAAAACUCAAUGCUCUGCAGGUGUCGUAACGUACGUGAAGACUCUCCUCGAGAUGGAGAAGUGUGCCCUGGUGCAGGUCAUGACGCUGCACACGAUAUUCCACGAAAACGGCACGGUCGACAAAAACUCCGGCCUGCCGGACUGUGGAGAGGCGCUGCGGUUCGCCCACAUGCUGAAGCAGCAUAUCACCACCCUCAUGGGCGACUCCAAGAUGGGUCAGAUAUUCCGCAUGCCGCAGGAGGUUACCAAAACGGUUAACGGAUUGCUGCUCGGCAUGCACAAACUGGCAGCCGGCGAGCACAACGACGGAAUGGCACUCAUGAACUGGGCCAACACAAGGCUCCAGCAGCAUAUAGAGCACCCCAAGAAGCAGCAGACGCUGCUCAUAUGGCGCACUCUCGUGUGCUUCCAGCUGCUGCAGAAAACUGCACAGCUCUGUGCGGCACGGUUCUACAAGCGGACCGUGGCCAUAUACGCGCGGCACGUACUGCAGCUGAACGACAAGGACAAAGGCGACGAAACGCUCGAUUACAUGGCCAUAUUCGGCAUGGAAAAGCGCCUCCUUCCUUCGAGGCCGAUACUGCUCGACCUGGCGUACAUCCACCACCAGCCACCCCAAGUGGGCAAGAAGAAGUCGUUCAUCGGCAACGUGAAGAGCAUGUUCAACUCGUUCUGGCAGUGA